CAAAACGCAGCCCGAGGCAGCCCGGCAUGGCCCGUCCAGCUCGAAAGCUGCUGCUGUGGGCCGCAUAGAUCGACACCAGACUUUACGCAAUCGCUGCGGCGAAAAAAAAGCUCCACCCUAAAAUGCAAGCAGUCCUGCUCCUCGCCGCGGCGGCGCACGCGACAAAAAGCACCUGGCAGCACACCAACGCCUUCGACCGCGACCUGCACGACCCCAAGACGCGAGCGCUGCUGGAACGGCGCGACCGCCGGGACCGCAACCGGGAUUUCGUCGAGGCGGUCGCGCUGGUCCACACGCUGCGCAGCCGCACGCGCUACUUCACGCUGCUGGAGGUCGACGGCGACGUCUGGCUGACCGCGCGCGGUGGUAACAGGGCGGACUCGUGCAAGAGCGCGCCCUGCGACCAGUUGUUGUGGCGCAAUGGUAGUCACGACAGACUGAUCACAUCCCUAAAUCCGCAUCGCUUCGUGAGCCGCGACGGCGUCGCGCACAACCUCGCCGUAGCUGUUGAUGAUGAUCAGUUAGUGGCCGCGGGCGGGCUCUACCGCAGCAGGGACCCUUCUCUAUAUAGAAAUGUGCAGCCCCUGCACGGCUCCGAUCGGUACGAGGGCGUCGAGGUCUUUGAUAUUACCCGCGAUUUGACCUGGACGCGGACCGCGGUGAUCGACGGGCGGCACCCGGGCUGCGUGGAACGACGAGACGGCUUCGGCGGGCUCUGCGAGUUCGACGGGCGCCUGAGCCUGGCGCCCUUGGGCAACGAAUUACUAUUGUACGCGCGGGCGAACACUAGAGAAGCUGGAGGCGGCCGCGGCGUGCAGGUGUCGCGGCGCGGUGCAAAUGGAUGGUCGCCCUUCGAGCAAGUGUCGUUCGAGGGUUUACAUGAGGACGACCAGGUCUACUUCGCGGCCAUCAACAGGCACCCGGCCUUCGUGCUGCGCCACCGCGGGCACCAGUACGCCGCGGACGCGCUCGUCGCGCUCGCGCCCGUGUCGCGGGCGGACGGUUCGGCGUACGUCGGGCUUGCCGUGUCGUGCGACGGCGUCCACUUCUCGAACCUCGAGCCUCUCCUGAAUUGCACCGGCGGCGCCUCGCUGGGCCGGGCCCCGGACCACCCGGUCGACGGUCUAUUGAGGCGAGGCCCUUCGACCCACAUCUACGUCCACCGCGACGUGCCGGGCAUCGCGCUCCACAAGGCCGGGCGCCAGCCGCGGCCGCGCAUCGUGCGCCUGGACGUCCCCUCGUGGAAGCUGUCCGACCUGGCGCGCGAGAAGUUCCGGACGUUAGAAGGAUGCGACCGCGUGUGCCGCGACGCGCGGGGGCGCCCGGAGUACUGUUAAUGUGGUGUUUUUCAUAUUUGGCACCGGCGUCGACGACGAGACGAUCAAACAUAC